AUGAUGGAAAUGCGUGCGGCUAGGAUGGUUCAAGCUGCUGACUCGCUGCUCAAAUUGGUGUCGGAGUUGAAGCAGACUGCAAUUUUCUCGGGAUUUGCAUCUCUGGAUGACCAUGUAGACCGGAGAACGCAUGAGUUCAAUAAUUUGGCUGAAAUUACGAAUGGGAAAUUGUCGAGAAUUGGGGAGGAGGUUGCAGCUAGCCUCAAGGAACUCGAGUCUCAUUACUACUCGUCCGCACUCAGGGCAAAGAACAUUCAAGAGCUGCUUUUGAGGUUUAUGGAGAAAGCAGUGAAAAUUGAGCAGGGAGGUAAUGCACUGCAUAUUAAGCAUCAGAUAAGUGUGAAUGGGAUUGAUGGGCUAGAGCUAUACACUGUUUUGAAAGCACUGGAUGUUGCUGGCAUACUCGAUUAUGGGCUUGCUAAAGUUGCAGAUUGGAUUAUUAAAUAUGUCCUUACUCCACUAGUGAGUGCGACUCCAUAUAUAGAAGAAAUCAAUCAGGACUCGGGCCAUGCCCCAGAGGCAGUGUUUAAAAUGGUUCCUUCUGUUGAUCCUGCGGUUGUGCCUGCUGAUGCUUCCAAGCUGGCUGAGUUCCAAGAGGUCAGGAAACUAACAAUUGAUUUCGAGACAGCUCUAAAGGGACUUGGGUUCAUAUCCCCAUCUGGCAUCAAGGAUGAGAAGCUAAGCAGAUUUGCUGACAAUGUUGAGAUUCACGUUGCAUCACGAAAGAAAGUUCAGAUUUUGUCUAAGGCCAGAAAUAUGCUUCUGCAAUCUAAUUUCAGUCUUCCUCAAGACUUUAUUAUGAAAAUUUCAGGAGUCCAUAAGGAACAACAUGCUAGAGAUAUCUUUAAUCAUGCUGUUCUACUCUUCUCAUCUGAGAAAUGUGUGGUGUCUGAGGCAGCCAAACAGCUAAUGGAGCUUGUGCAUCAAACUCUCAAGCUUCAAAGACAGUUGGAUUCGAUCAACCAGGCUGCUGUUCUGAUUCACAAUGACUGCCUCUACCUAUCUCAGGAGAUUCUUGGCUUGCAUUUGAGAUUCCAGCUCAUGGCUGAAGAUGUUUUGAAGAGACAAAUUCAGCUUGUCCUUCAAAAUUUGAUUCAGGCUAUUGAUGGAGCUGACGGAUUUCAAAAUACCCACCAGAUCAAACAAUUUGAAUCAGCCAAGUUUUUUAUAGACCAGGUUGCGUUCAUUAUUGAGAAAAUGCACAUCAUUUGGGAGCCUCUCUUACUUCCUUCAAUCUACGAGAAGAGCAUGGCCAUGAUUUUAGAAUCUGUAUUCUCAAGAAUUGUAAAAGAGAUACUUCUGUUGGAUGAUAUGGUAGCUGAAGAAACUCUGCAGGUCAUCGCGGACGCGACAACUGCGCUGCUCGUGGUCGGUUGCUUCCAGGACGUCGCGGGCAUGACCAACAUCACAGGCGCGAAGAGAUUUGCUACCAGUACGUCGCGGGCGCGACACCAAGGCUGUCGCGGGCCUUGA